CGCCCGGCGGCUCGGGAGCGCGCGCGGGCGCGUGCCGGAGGGGGCGGGUGGGGAAGGAUCGCAGGCGAGAUUACGAGGCGAGGCUCGCGCGCCCGCCCCCGCCCUGGCCCCCAGUGCCCACCUGGUCGGCCCGGCACAGCCAUGAUCAAGGCGAUCCUAAUCUUCAACAACCACGGGAAGCCGCGGCUCUCCAAGUUCUACCAGCCCUACGUGAGUAUCCAGCUGCCGCUGAUCCGGGCGAGGGGGAGUCGUUGGCGACGGGCAGCGCCCAGCGCGGCUUUCUCAGAGGGACCCCCUCCGGCGCGCUGCGGCCCUUCUCGCGUCCCGGCCGCCUGGCCCUCACCAGCCGUCAGCCUCUCGAGUGAAGAUACACAACAGCAAAUCAUCAGGGAGACUUUCCAUUUGGUAUCUAAGAGAGAUGAAAAUGUUUGUAAUUUCCUAGAAGGAGGAUUAUUAAUUGGAGGAUCUGACAACAAACUGAUUUAUAGACAUUACGCAACGUUAUAUUUUGUCUUCUGUGUGGACUCUUCAGAAAGCGAACUUGGCAUUUUAGAUCUAAUUCAAGUAUUUGUGGAAACGUUAGACAAAUGUUUUGAAAAUGUCUGUGAACUGGAUUUGAUUUUCCAUGUAGACAAGGUUCACAAUAUUCUUGCAGAAAUGGUGAUGGGGGGAAUGGUAUUGGAGACAAAUAUGAAUGAGAUUGUUACACAAAUUGAUGCACAAAAUAAGCUGGAAAAAUCUGAGGCUGGCUUAGCGGGAGCUCCAGCCCGUGCUGUAUCAGCUGUAAAGAAUAUGAAUCUUCCUGAGAUCCCAAGAAAUAUUAACAUUGGUGACAUCAGUAUAAAAGUGCCAAACCUGCCCUCUUUUAAAUAAAAAUGUAAAAAGGCCACUCCCAGGUAAAAUCCAGGGGGAAGAGUCAUCUAAGUUUACCAUGCAGUUGUUUACCAAAAAUAGAGGAGGAGAGUCUUAACUUUUGCUCUUGGAUUUAAGUCAAGGUACUGUAUAGAAGUUGUGUAAAAUCAGUAUGAAAGUUCAAUGUUGCUUUUCUUGCUCAGUGAUUUUAAAGAAAUUGAGUAGUCCUAUGUGAUUUUUUUUUUCUUUUCUAAACUGCAUUCCUGUGCCCACCUACGGCAUGCCUCUAUGUAUUGGCUACUACGGUGUUUUAAAAAGUGUUUCAGAUAUUUCUCUAAUUAUGUACAACCUAAAAUGUUGGUGUUUUGUAUGGAUCACAAGUGCAGCAUUCCUUAAUUCCUUCUGCUAUUUGUCACACAAUUGUUAUUUAAAGAACCAAGUAUGUAUUGCAUGAAAACAUUAUGACUUUUUUCUCUUAGUUUAAAUAAACUCCAAGGUAAAUGGACUUCUAAAGCACCUUUCUGUUUGCCUGAUAUCUACUUUAGCAAUAAUUUUUUUUACAACCCUCUGACUCAACAAAGUAAAUAAAAGUAUAUUUUAUCACUAUUAA